UGCGAGGGGGAGGAGUUAUCCCAAUCCCGGGGACGAGCGGCUACAGAGAAAGGAUAACUGUAGCCGAGUGCCAGAUGAAAUGGUGCUAAUAAAUGUGAUUAAAAAACUACAAUGGUUAACAGGUAUUUAUGUUGAAUUCCAAGACUUCAGAUAAAGUUGUGUGAUUUAACGGGGUUAAAAUUUGGUGUCCAGACAAAGGAAUUCAACGUGGGUCUGCUCUUUUUGAUUGAACAAUCAUCCCACGUGGGGAACAGGAGUCAUAAACUAAACCUUCACACCACCUUCACCAACCAGACUUACUUUUGGAAUGCAUGCAUUUCAUUAGUGUAGAUACAAUGCCUUGAUCAGACAUGACAAUGGGCUGCUUCGACUCAUCCAUGGGUCCAACGGGGAUAUUCAAGGGUUACUGGUGUGCCAGUGGACUGUUUGGGAUGUUUCUGGGACUGACGAUUUUAUUUACGGUCAUCCAAGCCAGCCCACACGUCGCAGACAAACACUGGUUGGAUUCCCUCACAGCAGACAGUUUGCCUCCUGACGGCCCAAACUUGCGAUUCUCCCCUCAAAAUCGACCAGUCUCCUUCACUGCAGCAUCGCUAGACCCUGAAUCUACUGCAGUGACACAAUCCUCCGACGGCCAGCCACAGGAGCCGACACUAAACUCUGGUUCUGAUGCUGCUGACAGGGCACUUUCCCACUGGGGCCUUUCACCUUCUCAAAACCCCAAAGCCUUUACCUCAAGUGACCUACUCGCUGAGCAGACAUUAACAACACCUGCUCUCAGAUCGUUGACGCCCGGAUCGGGUCCGGAUUUUGAGGGCCCUUCAUCAAGGCGAGCAAGGGAUCUGUUGAAGAAAAGGUCCAUUGUGACGAUAUCAAAACAACCACCCCAAUCAAAUUCCACACCCUCAGCUCCCUUAGGGCCACAGCUUGUUCACCUUUACUCCGACCAGAAGAACGUAGAUGAAUCUCCACCAACACAAAACCAAAGCAAAGCCCCACUUAAUUCUAGAGAGCGCGACACUGAGACACUGGCCCCCAGCUACCUGCCUUUUUUCAGCCCCCACCCCACAGCCGCUCUAUCUGAACCCACGGAGGCCCUACCCGUAGACAUCUUCCCUACCAACACCAUGGAUAAGGACUGGGGCUCCGGGGAGUACAUGGAGACCAUGUCCUUCCUGGGCUCGGAGGGAGACGACUACGCCCUGGUCUCCAACCUGCCCUCGGACAUGUACGACCUGGAGGAGUCGGCCUCAGAGAGCUACGACACGUCCUUCCCGACCAGGGUCGGAGUGACCAUGUCCUCUUUCCUCCCGCAUUUCGUGUCGCCAUCUCUGAGUCUCAGCCCGCCCCUAAACUCCGCCGGUACUCCCACGUCCGUUUAUCCGCCCCCCCUGUCCUCCUCCGUCCAUCCCGCCUUUGAGCCCACUCCCCCGGUUGAGAGUGACGUCACGCGAUCCCUGGACGAGGAUUGGUCCGAGGCCUUCACCAUCCAAGCCACGGACCUCCUCUUGCCCGACAUGAACAGCAUAGAGUACUACACCACCCAGCUGACCAAGGAGAACACCAGCCUGAACACCGGCGCCGAGCUCAGGGGGAACGGCACCAUCUCCGGCCUCGUGUCCAAGAUGUCCAUCAGCACCACACACUUGGCGCCCACCAGGACUUUAACAGUAGACCCCAGCCACAUGCACACCUCUUUGUUCGGAGACGAUGGGCCAACGGACGAGAGCGCGUGGGCCGAGGAGGAGUCCUCGGGACCUUACGCGGGCUACCAGCCUCUCAACGACACCAGCCCGGUGAACGACACAGCGCUGGGUCUCCAGCCAGUCAGCAUGUCAGAGCACUCCUCCAUCGCGACCUCUCCCUCCUUUGUUGACGCUUCCCCGAUCUGGGAGGCAGAGGUCCCCACAACGCAGUUGGCCCCCACACCAGACGCGGGGUCGGACAGCUCUUACUACACCGAGUCCGGGUCCGCUCUGGCCGACGCCACAGCCAUGCUUCCCGACGACGUCCUCCUCUCGUCUUCGCCGUCGGACGUGUACUGGUUCACCACGGAGACGAUCCCCCUCGACGCUAGCUCCGUCACACCCGUCCUGAGCGCUAGCACGGCCCCCACGCCCGUCGCCUCCGCCGCACCGGCCCCCGAUGACACUCCUGCCCCCGAUGACACCCCUGCCCCAGGCGAAGCCACUCCCAGCACUACCGUCAGCGCCACUCCCAACGCCACCGUCCAACCGUCCUCAAUGGAACCCUCACCCGACGACACGUCGCCUCCUCCCAUAAUGAUCGCCGACGAGGGUGUGAGCGGAGAGCCGACCGAGGGCCAUCCUGUGACACCGACAGCUUCAGCUGAAGAUAACACGACCUCUCUUAUGCUCCCGGUUACUACCACUGCCGCGGCCACUACUCCUCACAUCACAACGUCUAUCCCUACUACCGGUCAACCUGAAGCCGUCACCACGCUCAGCACCACCACGGUCACUACGGGCAAGAGCCCGGCAACGACACUGCAGGCGAGGCAGUAUCUCUGCAGCAUCGACAACCCCGCGUAUGCAGUUAGAGUCGGUUUCCCCUCCGGGGCCACCGUCGGAUAUGCCAAAACCCAGAUCAGAGACAUCCUGAAGAGUGAAUUCAACAAACCAGUUGAACUGCAGGUUUUGGUGCCUCCUCCCAAGUUUGUUUUCCGCGUGGUAUCAGGCCCGGUGGUGUACACGGCCAUAGCUGUCACCAACGCCCUGCGAAGGUCUGGCCGCCGCUUCCUGUCUGUGGCUCCGGGUUGGACCCUGCCUGACAAUAAGUACCUGGCCCAUUCAGUGCUGCAGUUCGUGCCGGGCAACGUGGACAUACGGGCCUGCAACUUCAGCGAGCGGAUAGAGAAGGGGCUGACCCUGGCGUUGGCCGAAGUGCGGCGGCGUGCGCAGGAGUCCACCAACUUCACGGUGCACAUUGUGAACAUUACCAUGACUGGCCCCGGACGUCAACAGCAGCCGGUGAACAUUUUCUUCGCCGUGCGGGGCUCCGGGGGCUACCUCCUUGGGUCAGAGGUCACCAACCUGCUGUUGAGGCUAACCAUGGUGGAAUUCAGCUACUACAUGGGCUUCCCGGUGUUGGAGAUAGCCGAGCCGUUCCACUAUGCAGAGCUCAACACCACACAGCUUCUUCGAUCCUCUUGGUUGAGAACAGUGCUCCUCGGUGUGCUGGACCCCAGGGUGGGUGACCCGGGCUUCCAGGCGAAGAUAGAGCGCCAGCUGGCCCAGCUGCUGGGCGAGGCCAUGGGGACGGUGCGGCGGGCGAAGAGAGCCACCACUGUGGGCAACAGCAGUGUUCAGGUGGUGAGCCUCAGUGAGCUGACGGGGGCGGACCACCCCCUGGAGAUAGUGUACUUCGUGGAGGGUCCCAGCGGACAGAGGAUGCCCGCGGUCCAGUCGGCCGAGCUGCUGAACAGCCUGGACGUGCAGAGGGCUGCCAUUGUCCUGGGACACCGAGUGCAGGGCAUCCUGGCACAGCCCGUAGAGAAGGUCGCGUCCCAGCCCCCGGACGCGGAGAACACGGUGCUGUGGAUCGUCAUCGGCGUGGUCGUCCCUCUGCUGGUGGUCAUCGUCAUCGUCUCCAUCCUCUACUGGAAGCUGUGUCGCACCGACAAGCUGGAGUUCCAGCCCGACGCCAUGACCUCCAUCCAGCAGAGACAGAAGUCCAGAAGCUCAUUCGGGGAGUCCAAGACCACACUUCCACAGUCAGGCAUAGGGUAUAGUGAGGAGGAGGAGGAGGAGGAGGAGGAGGAGGAGGAAUAUGAGGAAGAAGAGGAAGAAGAGGAGGAGGAAGCAGAACGGGGGAAGGGCUAUGAGCUUUUAACCAAACGGAUCAAACAGCCACCACCAGUACCACAACGUACCGUACGUAAGAUCAGCACCGAGGAAGAAGAGGAGGAAGAAGAAGAAGAGGAGGAAGAAGAAGAAGAAGGAGAGGAAGAUGAGGAUGAAGAAGAUGAGGAAGAGGAUGAUGACAAGAGAAAAGAGGAAACAAAGAAAAAUACAGUUGGGGUGGAAAGGCCGGUGCAAGAUCGCACACCCACUGCCAGAACCCGUCAAAAGACCAGGAGGGAAGAGGACUCGCGGUACAAAGCUAGUUCCGCGGGGCGAAAGGCCAAGGAGGAGCUGCCAGCCCCCACGGUGAAGGGCUUCGACUUUGCCAAGCUGCACCUGGGACAGCACGGCAAGGACGACCUCAUGGUGGUCCAGGAGCCUGGACCCCAGGGGCCCCACCCUGCUCCCGGCAAAGAGGGCCUCCACCCGCCCGAGAACAGGGAGAUCCCCGUCCCCACGUCCAAGACGUCCGUGUCCUCCGUCAAGGCGUCGCUCAGCGGCCGCCGGCGGGAGAGGAUCUCGCCGUCGGACGGGGACUCUGUGGUGAGCGACGGCUCCAGUGGGCGGGACUCGGGGGAGGAUCCACGGCGAGGACAGGUCACGCCCAGCGACAGCAAGCAGGCGCGCAAAACACCCAUCAGUGUUGCAAACGGCAAAAAUAGAAUCGGGCCCCCGCCCAUGAGUGGUUCGGAGCAGCUGUCCUCCACGGCGUCCAUCUUCGAGCACGUGGACCGUAUGUCCCGCUCCAUGGAGGCGAGCAGGAGGCUGCCCAACAAGAUCCAGCUCAUCGCCAUGCAGCCCAUGGCCGUCCCCCCACUGCUCAGGCCCAGCGUCAACGGGAAGAUACCGGUGAACCCCCACAUGAACAAAGAGAUGCAGGUGGCGCUGAGACACAAGUCGGAGAUCGAACACCACCGCAACAAGAUCCGCCUGCGUGCCAAGAGGAAGGGCCACUACGACUUCCCCGCCAUGGAGAACACGCCGUCCAACGGCUUCGGAGACACCAAAGACCCGGGCCGGAUCUACCAGAAGGCCCGGCAGCAGAUAGACCGGAUCCUGGACCCGGAGCUCCACAUCCCCUCCCUCUUCACAGAGUCCAAGAAAGGGGCUCGAGGCCGGCGCUCCCCGAGGCAGAGGAGGAAGGACCAGCUGAGCGCGGGGCUGGCGGACGCAGACCGGGACCACCUGAUCACCAGCGACAGCGACGCCGUCUACAGAAGGGGUCCCGGCGUCAGCAACGUGGCCUUCGUGUCGGACCCCGACCAGGGCUCCCCCGCCCGGAGCCCCUCGCCCAGCGACGACGUCUUCCUGGGCCCCUCCUCCCCGCCGCCGGGCCACGCCCCCGCCCCGCCCCCCUACGCCCCGCCCCAGCCCUCCAUCGAGGAGGCGCGGCAGCAGAUGCACUCGCUGCUGGACGACGCCUUCGCCCUGGUGUCGCCCACCUCGCAGGGCAGCGCGCCGGGCGUCACCCUCCCGGGGGGCGGCGGUGGCGGCCCCCACCACCCGCCGGGCGCCAGUCCGCCGGCAGCCCCCGGCUCCAGGGCCUGGGGCUCGUCCCGCCCGCUGCCCCUCAGCUCCUUCCCCGGGCCCCUCACCAUCGCUCAACCCCCUCACUCACAGAGGUACAACGACCUGGGUUUGCCCCCGAGCCUCCUACACCGACAGGGGCUGGGCUCCAGCUUCCUGCCCCCAGGGGAGGCACCGGGCGCUGGGCCCCCACUGCAGCCUGACAGCCUGUACCCUAGCAAGGGCCACAACGCUGAGGAGCAGCCCUUGUCUGCCAGACCACGACCAGUAGGGGGCACUGCAGGCUCCCAGCUCCACCACCUGACGCAGGUGGGUCUGUCCAGCCGCAUCAGCAGGGGACCGGUCGGACAGAAUGACGGCUGGAGCCAUUACCAUGACAACGACUACUCCGCUCCAGGCCAUGGCAAGGAUGGGAUGCCCCGGAACGGUAUCAGGGAGCCCUCCGCACCGCCGGCCCACCAGGACACGCCCGGGCUGGGCUACCCCUCGGCCCCGGAGCCCCUGGACGUCGGCCCUCCCACCCACUCCUCGGCCUCCCUGAUCAAGGCCAUCCGGGAGGAGCUGCUGCGGCUGUCCCAGAAACAGGCGGCGGUGUCCAGCUACCACAGCUGAGGCGCCCCCCCCCCCCCCCCCCCUACCACCACCCGGACGCACCGGGCCCAAGUGGACCCCAGCCGCUCUCCGCCUCACCAGUCAUGCCACUACCUGCCCUUGCCUUGGUCCUCUGUCUGCCUUUGUCUGCUGAUGCUUCCCAUGGAAGUCUGACUGCGAACGACAUGCGGGGUGACCCAUGCCUGUGCCCCGGCCCAUCCGCUAGACUGAGGAACGCUAGGCAGUCGCCGGCCGGCGUAUGUCCCACUGACGUACAGAGGGUUGAGUCAUGGGACACAUUGUUUGAUACAGUAUUUCAGGACGGUAGCGCGAUCGAAGCAGGGUCAAGGCUCACUGCUUGUGAGCUGCGGUGUUGUGGGCAGCAUCGAGAACAUUCUUGUGAACUUAAGAAAGACAGGGGACACAACAAGAACAUUCUGAGCAGUAUUUUUUGAACCACGGGCCUUUCGGAGACGUCUCUCCUUUCGUCAUUCACCCUGGCAAACUACUGUUGUCUGUUGUUUGCAGUUUGAACGCAACUACCAUUUGUAUUUUUUGCUGUGUUUAUUAUAAUCAUAACAGUAAUGAUAGCAGUUGUUUAGGGAAGGUUGUGUGUGUGUGUGUGUGUGUGUGUGUGUGUGUGUGUGUGUGUGUGUGUGUGUGUGUGUGUGUGUGUGUGUGUGUGUGUGUGUGUGUGUGUACAACUUACCAAUGGUUGUCUCAUUCUGCCUUACCAUCUUUUCGCUCCGCCUUGACACUGUGUUCCAGGGAUUCUGACAGGAGCUGCCUCCUCCACAAGUGAACUCUGCAUCUACGUCAUACACUUGUCUACGGCUGUGUGGUGCAUGCUGGGAUUCAGUGCUUUGAUGAUUUAUGUGGCCAGUGAAACAACGGUUAAAGUGAAUUGUGUUGAAUUCUAAAAAUGGCGGAAGGAGUGGGAAGUGCCUAAUCGGCAUGUCAGUGAGGACUCGUAGUAGGGGGACUUAAGAGACUUGAAUUUAAGUACUUAUAAACACUACCUAUUUUUCAAAGUAUCAAAGUAGCACAUCAUCUUCCUUCAUGUUAUGCAUACUAUGAUGGUGGCCAAAUAUUUGAGUGACAUUUUGAGGUUCUGAGAUCAGUUCCCAGUUUUUAUUCGUCACUAUUGGAACCAGAAAGGGGAUGUAUUAAUAAUGAAAGCCCCAGCUUUGACAUUCAUAGCAACCUAAUAAAGGGUCACUUAAUGCAGGGUUUUCAUUUUUUAACCAAAAUAAAAUCACUUCCUAGCCAAAAUUAAGUAUACAAACAGUAAUUAAAUUAUUCAUAAUUCAACAUAACUUAUUAGUGAGGAAUAGGGAGGUAUACUGUAGAUACACUAUUGUUAAUAAUGCAAUUGUUUCUAUUUUGCUUGCCACUUGGAGCGUAAUUGAUAUGUAUGCUGACUGCAACAUUCAGAUCAGAUGUUCCAUCAUGCUAUUCCUACUGCAUAAUGGUAUAGUAGGAGGUUCAAAUGAAUGAGGGUAUGACAGCUUUUUUACAAACAGUAACCAGAGUCUUUCCAGUAUACAGUAUACACGAUUACGGCAUUUCUGUUUGUUUUUAAAGCAGGCAAAAUGUUUUGUUUAGUAGCGCGGUCACAAGUUCUAUUUACAAUGAUAAUUUAGAAAGAUGCUGUAGGUAAGAUAUAAGUGUUGUUGUUUGUGUCUAAUGGUUAGAAAUGCCACAGCCAUUCCUAAGCUCAUCAGUGAGUGAAAUGCUCUGUGAGAAUACCAUUUGUGAGAUGACGGCGUCUCCCUCUGUAGAAUUCAAUUUUGAUUUGAAGCCUUUCCUGCCAUAGUCUCUUCCCUGAAUGGUGUUGGCGAUCCAUCUUGCCUGUCGAACAAAUGUGUGUAAAAAGCAACACUUCCCAAUGGCGGAGAAACGUAGGAAGGGAGAGAGCAGAAAGUGAGGGGUUGUUUUUAUAGUGUUUAGUUUCAAAAUCUUUGCUCUCUUUACUAUCUUUACAACUCUGGAAUCUUACCUACAGCCCCUUGAAUCGUUUCCCUAAUGUGCUUUGGGAAAUACUAGUAAUCUUCCUUGACUUGAGGUCCAUUUUGUAAUGUUCUUUUCAAACCUUCCUUUGUCAUCCCACUGGUUUGACGCGUGUUCCGAUUCUCCAGCCACGACUGUUCUGUGCACAUAUUGUUACGUUCUGGGCCUGAACUCCUAUUUCGUAUUAAUUUUAAAUAAAAAUAACAAUUAAACAAAAAUAUAAGAGGAUCUGGUUUCAAAGGCAGAGUUUUUGACAAAUACUUUCUGGGAUUGGAUGUCAGGAACUAGACAUUGUAUGAGGGGUAUUCAAUCAAAUAACCACUGUUACACAUCUGAGAUGCUGUAGCCUCCUUUAAUCCAUGUGAUGUGCCUAGCAGAAUCAUACCUCCCCCAACCGUGAUGUUCUGUAAUGGUUUCCUAUCAUCAUCCUCAUGAGUCAUCCUCUGUGAACUAUCUUGUUUCAAGAACAACUUCCCAUUUCCUGCCAUUUGCACUUGUUUUCCUGUUGUUUUCAUCCUCCAAAAUAUGUUACAACUUUGUUGUUUAUUUGUGUCACUUAUUUUAUUAUUUAAAACCACUUUUAGGAUAAUUUUGUAAAUUGGAAUGUUUGUAUCAAUCUCACACUGAAUGCCUCCAUCUGCUGGUUUGGUUAUGAUUUAACAGCCUUAAACCCUCUGAGGCCAACAUUUAGUUGUUUUUGUUUGGUCGGUUGGUUGUUUGCAUGUGCUUUGGUUUUUGAGUGUGUUGGCUGGUCCAACGUUGUAUUUGACUGAUAUAGUGCAAAUGUCUUAUUAUUGAUAGCUGUAGUCUUUUUGUUCACAUUUGUUGGUUUUUGAGCAUGAAAUACACAUGACACUGUUCA